AAGAAGCAGAGCAAUUCAGGUAAAGCUGCGGCCUUUGGACGAGUGAGUGUCCCUUCAGCUCAGGCUUGAGGCAGCAGAAACUAAUUAUCCCCCAGCUUCGAGGAGAUUUGAUAGGUCAUAGGUCGUAUAACAUUACCAAAUAUCAAAGCCUGGAGGAAAAAAACAAGGAAAAUCUCCAACAAAUCUGUGGAAACGAGACUCAAUCAAAGAAGAGGAUAAUGGCAUUGCCAAUUACUGGUCUCAACACUCUAUCAUCAAUUUCUUCCAAUUCCACUCGUGGGCUAUCAUCUUCUAUCUCCAAGUUCUUCGUUUGCUCCGUUCCCAUCAGAGAGGGUCACACUCUUAAAACCUCUACAAGCACUAAUCUGAGCAGCAAUGGCUCGGGAAGAUACAGGGCCGUUUCAGUUCAUGCCAUGGCUUCCUCUUUUGGUUCUCGACUUGAAGAGAGCAUCAAGAAGACUAUUGAUGAGAACCCGGUUGUCGUUUAUUCCAAAACUUGGUGCUCGUAUUCUUCAGAGGUGAAAUCGCUGUUUAAAAAGCUCGGCGUGCAGCCAUUGGUCAUUGAAUUGGACGAAAUGGGUCCGCAAGGGCCACAAUUGCAGAAGGUAUUGGAGAGGCUUACGGGUCAACACACUGUACCGAAUGUUUUUAUUGGUGGCAAACAUAUCGGCGGCUGUACAGAUACAGUGAAGUUGUACCGUAAAGGAGAACUUGAACCUUUGCUGUCAGAAGCUAAUGCUAAAAAAGAGAGCUAAGCCUGUGCACGGAAGCGGAUUCUGAUCCAGUACUAAUCUCUUUUUUGUUGGCCUAUUUGGUACAACCCCCCCCCCCCCAAUGUCUGUCAUAUACUUUAGUUGAAACUUGAAAUUUAUUUUUGAAUACUGAUAGCCUAUACUCCCCAAAUUAAGGUUUUGCAGCUAAAGGGUUGCUUGCGGUAGAAAACUUCUAACCGAAUAAAUAUAUAUUCCUCUUCUUUA